GAGGAGAGCGUGGCGAAGAUCCGCGAGGAGGAGGAAAAGCGGCGCGAGGUGUCCGCCAAGUUCCAGACCACGCUCAGCGACAUCACCGGCACCAUGAACGAGAACAACCAGAAGAACACCCGGCUCACGGAGGAGAACAUCGAGAUGUCCAAGAAGCUCAAGAGCCUGUGCGAGCAGUACGAACAGAAUAACUCGCUGGUUGAGAAGAUGAUGAAGCAGAAGGAGCUCGAGUCCCAGUUGGCUGAGGCACGCCUGGCCAAGAUACAGCUCGAGAUGAACCAAGAGAAGCAGGCCUUCCUCUUAGAAAAACAAAAACUCCUUCAGGAGAUGUCCACCUACCAGAAGCGCUGCACAGACCUGCAGGUGUCGGAGGUGGCGUUACGCGAGCAGCUGAGCACCUACACGGAGAAGUACGAGGACUUCCAGGGCGCCCUCGCCAAGUCCAACAAGGUGUUCGGCACGUUCAAGUCCGAAAUGGAAAAGAUGCAGAAGAACAUCCGCCGGCUGGAGAAGGAGACGAGUACGUGGCGGCAGCGCUGGGAGGGCAGCAACCGCUCCCUCCUCCAGAUGGCCGAGCAGAAACAGGCCGACGACAGCCAGCUGCUGGCCCAGCGGCGGCGCAUCGAGACCCUGGAGCGGCUCUGUCGAGCGCUGCAGGCGCGUGCCACCGACCCCCCUGCACCGUCCGGCAGUGGUGACGCCCCCGAGCCGGCCGACUCCAGCGGCGACGCCUGCCAGCGGCGCGCCGAUGACGAGACGGAGGUCACCUCCAGCCAGGACGGCCUGGUCGACUCGACGAGCGCGAGCGAGCCGGCGCCGGCCGGCGGCCCGGCCGAGUCGACCUCGGACGAGGCGCCCGGCUCGCCGGUCAGCUCGGCCACGGGGUACCUGUGAGCGGGCGGCCGGCCGCGGCGCCGCCUUGCUCCCUCGCUGUCACACCGCCAUCCGC